AUGGAACCAAAGCGGCCUGAGGGCGUCUUCUCUUUCCUCGACACUGACCUGUACAAGCUGACGAUGCAAUGUGCGAUCCUCAAGUACUUCCCUUCGGUCGACGUGGAAUACAAGUUCACCAACCGCACCUCGCAGAUGCGGUUGGACCAAGAGGCAGUCGCCUGGCUGCGGGAACAGAUUACCAAGUUGGGGAACAUCACGCUCGAACAGCAAGAGUUGGAAUAUUUGAGAAAACAUUGUCCCUUCCUGGGCUCCGACUACUUGGAGUAUCUGCAGAGGUUUCGCCUCCGACCCGCCGAGCAAGUGCAUCUCGAGUUCACGCCCGUCGAUGGCACGUUCGGUGACCUCCACAUCACCGUCACUGGCCUGUGGGUCGAGACAAUCCUCUACGAAAUCCCUCUCCUGGCCUUGACGAGCGAAGCAUAUUUCAGGUUCGUCGACAAGGACUGGGACCACCAGGGACAAGAGGAACAGGCAUAUGAGAAGGGAGUGCAGUUGUUCAGCGCAGGCUGCGUUGUGUCCGAAUUCGGCUCUCGGAGAAGACGCGACUUCCACACCCAAGACCUCGUGAUUAAAGGUCUAGUCCGGGCCUCACAUGAAAAGGACCGACCUGGAAAGCUGUCGGGCACAAGCAAUGUGUACUUUGCGAUGAAGUAUAGCAUUCCCCCUGUCGGAACAGUUGCCCACGAGUGGUACAUGGGCAUUGCCGCACUGACCAAUGACUACGAAAAUGCCAACGAAAACGGCCUCCGGUAUUGGCUUGACUGCUUCGGCAAGGGGGUUCUGGGCAUUGCACUCACGGAUACCUUCGGCACGCCCGACUUCUUCAAGGCUUUCAAGAAACGAGUACCAGCACGCACGUCGGCGGCACGGGAUGACUCGACCGGGUAUACCGAAGAGAACCACACCGCAAAUCAUCAGCCUUCCUAUGCUGAAGUCUUUGCGGGCAUCAGACAGGACUCUGGCGACCCAAAAGUAUACAUAAAACGCGCUGAUAACUUCUACAAGUCAAUCGGGCUGGACCACAAGAGUAUUGUGUUCUCAGACUCUCUCAACGUGGAAAAAUGCAUCGAAUACCGAGAGCUGGCAGAAGCGUGCGGGUUCAAGCCUUCUUUUGGAGUCGGGACAUUCUUCACGAACGAUUUUAGGCACAAGUCGGACCCUGGAACGAAAUCCAAACCAAUGAACAUCGUCAUCAAAUUGUCCAAGGCAGGUGGUAGACCAGCAAUCAAGUUAUCCGACAAUAUCGGGAAGAACACAGGCGACGAGAAAACGGUACUAGAUGUCAAACGCCGUCUGGGUUACACGGAGAAGGAAUGGAGGGAAGGUGAUGAAUCCAAGAGGUGGUGA